AUAAUAUAUAUAUAUAGAGAGAGAGAGAGAGAGAGAGAGAGAACGCAUCGUUGUGCGACUCAGGAAUAUCCAAAUGGAGGACUCUCUCCCUCUCAAUCUCUGCCAUGACCAGAAGCAUCAAGCUCUCAUCAACAAGCUACACACACUCCUCCAUCUCACUUCUCUAGCUUUCUUAUUCUAUUACAGAGCCUCUUCUUUCUUCUCCUUCUUCUUCCUCCAUGAAACCACUAACAUUAAUACCACUAUCUCCUUCUUUCCCUUUCUUCUGAUCUUCGCUUCAGAAGCCAUCCUCUCCUUUAUCUGGCUCCUCGGCGUCGCCUACCGGUGGCGUCCAGUCGUCAGGACCGUGUUCCCAGAAAGAUUACCGGAGGACGACCACCAGCUUCCUCCUCUUGAUGUGUUCAUUUGUACUACAGAUCCAAGUAAGGAGCCUGCUGAGCAAGUUAUGAACACUGUGUUGUCUGCCAUGUCUCUUGAUUACCCGCUGGAGAAGCUUCAUGUUUAUGUGUCUGAUGACGGCGGCUCGCCGGAGACUUUAUGUGGACUGAGGUCGGCUUGGAGGUUCGCAAGGUGGUGGCUUCCCUUCUGCAGAAGAUACAGAGUGAAGAGUUGUUGCCCUAAGCUUUACUUUUCUGAUGAUGAGAUUGACGAUGGCGAAGAUAUUGAGUUUUUUGCAGAAAAGAAGAAGAUCAAGGAAAAAUAUGAGGACUUUAAAGAAGACAUAAUGAGAAUUAGAGCAGAUGGGGCCGACUCUGGUAUUAGUCAAGAUCACCCCUCAAUGAUUGAGGCGAUGCAAGAAAAUGUUGAAGAGGAUGAAUUGAAGAAAGUGAAAUUGCCUUUGUUGGUUUAUGUUUGUCGAGAAAAAAGGACAAAUCAUCCCCACCAUUUCAAGGCUGGAGCUCUCAAUGUCUUGCUUCGAGUAUCAGGUGUGAUAAGCAAUGCUCCAUACUUUUUAGUCCUGGACUGUGACAUGAUGUGUAAUGACCCAACUUCAGCAAAGCAAGCACUGUGUUUCCAUCUUGAUCCCAAGAUAUCACCAUCUCUUGCUUUUGUUCAAUUCCCUCACAAAUUUCGAUCUAUCACCAAAAAUGAUAUUUAUGACUCUCAGCUUAGAUCUGCAUUCAAAGUUUUGUGGCAUGGAAUGGAUGGCCUUCAAGGACCAGUAUUGAGUGGAACUUGCUUUUAUGCAAAAAGGGUUGCAUUAUAUGGAAAUUACACUUGCAAAGGUAAUAUUGAACUUGCUCAACUUCAAAAACAAUUUGGCUCAUCCAAUGAGUUUAUCAAAUCUUUGAGCAAAAACUACACACCGGAUUUGGUCUCUGAUGAUACUCAUGCAUUGUUACAGCCAGAGAUUAAGCUGUUGGCUUCUUGUAACUAUGAAACUAGCACCAAAUGGGGUCAAGAGGUUGGAUUUUUGUAUGCUAGUGUUGUUGAAGAUGUCCUAACUGGGUUCUUCUUGCACUGUAAUGGUUGGAGGUUAGUGUUUUGUGAUCCUCCCAAGCCACAAUUUUUGGGAACUGCAACUACAAAUUUGAAUGACUUGUUGAUUCAGGGAAUAAGAUGGAGCUCUGGCUUGAUUGAGAUUGUGUUGAGCAAGUUUUGUCCACCAAUAUAUGGCCCUUUCAAGAUGCCUCUACUUCAGAGUUCAUGUUAUGUAGAACUCACACUCUUUCCUCUUUAUUGCUUGCCUAUAUGUUGUUUUGCUAUCAUCCCGCCACUUUGCCUACUACAUGGAAUCCCCUUGUACCCAAAGGUCUCAAAUCCAUAUUUCAUCAUCUUUACCUUCAUCUUUAUAUCGGCACAAUGUAAGCACUUACAAGAAGUCUUCACAUCAAGAGGCUCAUUCCAAAAAUGGAUAAAUGAACAACGAAUGUGGAUGAUCAAAUCAACCACAUGCCACCUUUAUGGAUGUUUGAAUGCUAUCCUCAACAGUCUCAAUCUAAGAAAAUCAACUUUCUUGCUUACUAACAAAGUAGAAGAAGAUGAUGAUGACAAGGGCAAUGAUGAACAAGCAACCACAACAUUGUACCAAAUGGACAUGUUUGAUUUUAGAACCUCACAUAUGUUUCUAGUCCCAAUGCUUGCAUUUCUCUCUAUCAACAUCUCGUGCUUGGUUGGAGGACUGUAUAGGGUGGUCUGUGAGAAAAAUUGGGAAGACAUGUUAAUACAGAUUUUAAUUUUUGGAUAUGUCAUCAUUGUGAACUACCCUAUCAUUGAAGGCUUGCUUGUGAGAAGUGAUAAGGGACGUGUUCCUGCUUCUGUUGUUCCUUCCUUUACUAUAUUGUUCAUUUUUAUCCAUUUGGGAUUUUUACUUUUAUGGAUUAUUUAAUUUAUGAAUCUAUUACUGUAAUCUCUCUGUUAGAGUCUAAAUAAGCAAUGUAAGUGGAGGAGAUUUUAUUUUGAGAUA